AUGACAAACAUGCGGCACCCAUUGGCCGAUCGAAGCUUGUUCAUUGUCAUGCCGAACUCUAUCCACCUGCGGUCGCAGCUCGCUGACAGAACGGUGUUUGAAUGUCAUACGCUUGAUAGUAUCGUGAAUGCACGAGCUUCGAAAGACAAAUGCGGCGUUUUCGCUGUAGCAGACGGUCAGAUCGUUUUACUCUACGAUGAAACACGAGGCAAGAACAGGAAGUACAAAUUGAAGACUGGUGAUGGCGAGCCGCGUCUUCUUUUGUUCUCCCCCGACUCGCACAUUCUGUACUUUACGACCACGCUGAGUAAUUCGGUCCAAGCGUACUCCAUCCCUACAAAGGAGCUUCUAUCUCCCAUGCCAUCGCAUCCGUCUCCGCCCCACACAAUUGCGAUAUCUUGCAAUGGCACUAUUCUUCUUUCAGCCUCACCAGACCCGCCGACCAUAUACCUCCAAGAUCGAAGAUAUGAAGGCAGCGCGCCUUUGAACUUUCGCCCGACGGAUGCCCAUUCUGCCGUUAGCUGUGCAGCAUUUCAGAAACUCACUGGCCACAUACAACCACCGUACACGAACUUUGCCCUCGGUUUCCAAGACGGAACAUUGGCAAUGUAUCGGGUCUUGCUUCCCUCACUCCAGGAACGCCAGGGAGAGGGCGAUACACAUCAGAUGUGGCCUUUCCGAUUACAGCCUGUUCGAGUUGGAGUCGUCAAGGGGCUACACAAGGCAGCCAUGGGUGGGCUGAUGGCAGUGGAGUUUAUCCCUGGCUACAAGUCGCGCGUUAUCUACCCACAAGAUCCAAGAGAGAUCAAGGCGCCAGUAGUUGGUGAUGCUACGGAAGAUGCAACGCAAAUAUAUGGACCCGAGAUCCUUAUUGCAGUCGGCACACUUGCUGGGAAAGUCCUCGUUUUCAAUGUACUCGGUUUACUGAUACACGAAGUUGUCCUAGAUUCACCGAUCACAGCUGUCGAGUGGAUAGACGAAAUGCCCCCGCCAUCGAUUCUGACAGACUUUGUACUCUUCCGAGUACCAGAAUCUUACACAAUGGGCGAUAAUUCAACUAGAGGGUUCUCAGCAUGCUCAGGCGAAGAGACUAGUACGGUCAAGAGAACUAUAGCGCCACCGAAGCAGGCGGUAAAUCAGCAACUGGGACUUGUCCAACAAUCGCGUAACCUGUCAUACAACGGUUACCCAUAUCAGAAGUCAGAUAAUCUGGGCAACAAGUCUUCGCAUGUGUUAAGAGGCUCUCCACUACGAAUGGAAGGAUUGGGCAAGAGGCCAAAACAGACUUUCUUCCGACCGCGCGUAUCUGCAGAGACAUUCAACACGCCUGGGGAAUUUACAUCGCAUCAAGUUCUCCCGCUACAGUUGUCCCAGCCAGAAUUCCAGAUUUCACAAGCCCGAACAAAGCCGCACAAGUACGAAGUUCCGAAAGCAUCUCGCUUGCCGAGAUUCUCUGCUCUUGAGAUAUCACUGAGUUCGUCCGAAGAUUCAGAAUGCUCAGAAACCGAGUCUUUCACUCCGAAUGCACGGCGAUUGAGACGGAGGACCGCCAAACUUCCAGCACGGCAACGAAAUGGGGUAAAUACCCUACGUCCUAUAGCCUCCCGUCAUGUAACGAAUACACCUAGUAUCAUCUCCCACGUCCCGCUACCUAGUAUCAUGAAGCAACCUCCAACUAGAGAAUCACCUAGUGGCAAACUUACCUUGGGUAAACGAGUGAUGAGGCAUAUGACUCCCCAACGCCAUGUCAGAAUCGCCUCGGAAACACCAUCACCGCCCCUCAAUGUACCAAGUAGCUCAUACUCACGCUCGAUCUCUCACCUGAACGAACACGGCCCCGCAGAAGAGUCAGAUCACGGUAAAGAUAGCCAAUACUCAGCUCUAAGCACCAAGACUACUCUCCCCCCGCCUACUGACACCGCAUACGCCUCUUAUACAUACCAAGACCCGCCCACAAACAUCUACUCGUACCCAAUGCCAGAUAUAUCACAAUACGACAUAACCACAUCUACAUCCGCCUCCACGUCCACAGGAGACACCAUACACACAUCCCUCGACCCCCGGCCAGCCAGGAGCAUCCUCGCCCCGUUCCACCAGCAGUGCUUACUCGCGGUCUAUAUCGGAGUUUCCCAAGGAUACCGACACGGUCGACGGGGAAGUGGUGCGUUUGGAACUGCAGCACCGAUCCAGUCCGAGUUCACCGCUGAUGACGUAUCCGCCGAGUGGGGUGGUGUUUUUUAA